AGAGAAGGAAACUGCUGCUCAGACUUCAGCUGAAACUUCACAGACUGCAGCUCGCUCCGCUCUGCAGAUGAACUCUCCACAUUCUUCUUCUAAUCCGACUCCAUGUCUCACUGAGCUUCCUGAGUCUGAUCCCGCUGCAGGCUACUCAUAAAGUCUGACUCCUCCUCGCUCCAAAGGUCCCUCCGAGGUCGGAGGAGAAACAGUCCCAACAGACGAGGAGGAACAAGGGAUGGGAGGGCAGGAGGACACGGCGGAGGCUCCUUCAGUCAGCAGGAAACAUCAGAAAACCUCCAGAGAAGUUUACUUCGCCAUCCUGCCGGAUCGAUACGAACCUCUGAUCGAAGAGGAGGAGGAGGAGGAGGAGGAGGAGGAAGGGAGGGAGGAGACGCAGGAGGAGAUGAGGAGGAGGAAGGAGGAGAAGAAGAGGAAGAAGAAACAGAAGUACAAGAAGUACAGGAAGAACGUGGGGAAGGCGCUGCGGUUCAGCUGGCGAUGUCUGAUGGCGGGUCUGCAGAACAUGGCCUCCACUUACUCCACGCCGCUCUCGGCCGUGUCCACGGUGGUGACGGAGGUUCAUCGGUCUGCCAGCAGCAAAGCCUGAUGGGAUAUGGACAGAUGUGGAUGACCACCAGGAGGAGCUCUAAGACAUUUCAGUUUGUUGUGAUGAGAACGGAUUAUAAGAAGGAAACAACAUCUCCAACACUCGUUCAGAAACAUCUUUUUUAUUCUUCUUCAGUUUGUAUUUUAUAAAUCUGACAGCUGUCAGAGAGAGUCUGUAAAGCCUUCAGUGUUCAAUAAAUCAGAUGUAAUGU